AAACUCUGUUGCGAUUACGGCACGGAUGAGAACUGUUUCAGCCUUUGUAAUUAUUGUAGAUGUCCCGCAAUAUUGGAUAUCGAGGUCAUAAUGCAUAUGACAACAGUAGCUGGGAAAACAGACGGGAUACACAGGGACGUACACAAGAAGUGUUUUACACAGAUAGAAACAAUGAGUCUUUCCAUAUGCAACCCAUGGCUCCCGGCGGCGUUACACUUCGGAAUGGGUCCAGCUUCCCACAAGGACCCUUCGCCCGACAAGGUAAUGUACCAGACAACUUCGCACCACACGGCAACGUUUACAACGGACUCGGCGUACCAAGACACUUUUUCCCAAACGACAACGGUUACCACGGACAUGGUGAACCAGGAUACUCCGCCUCACACGGCAACAGUUACCACGGACAAUGUGAACAAGGAUACUCCGCCUCACACGGCAACGGUUACCACGGACAUGGUGAACCAGGAUACUCCGCCUCACACGGCAACGGUUACCACGGACAUGGUGAAACAGGAUACAUUACCACACAUGGCAUUGGUUACCACGGACAUGGUGAACCAGAAUACACCACCCCACACGGCAACGGUUACCACGGACAUGGUGAACCAGAAUACACCACCCCGCACGGCAACGGUUACCACGGACAAUGUGAACCAGGAAACUUCGCCCCACACGGUAACAUUUACCACGGGCAAGGUGAACCAGGACAUCUCGCUCCACCUGGCCGAAUGCCUGUAGGACAUAGUCAUGCACCCGAUAAUCAAGAGAUUAAAAGGGACGCAAACACGCCUCAUCCUGGAUAUAUAGUGCCAUCGAUGGUAUUCAUCAUCGUCAAGAGAAUUUUAUCAGUUGCGGUCCUCAUCUUAAAUGAAUCUCUCAACUGGUUUAAAUAUUUUGACUGGAUGGGCACAUUUGAUUUGCCUGCCAUGUUUGGGUAUUUUGGAAGGAAGGGUAAAAUAGAUGCCAUUGAAUGCAGUUCAGACGCCCCGUUUUUAUCGACAAUUUACGGCGUUUGCUGUGGGGUUGCCACCGUGUAUGCGCUUUUCCAGAUUAUAAAUACCAUAGGCGAAACAGUUCUUGAAUACCAUGAGACCGAUGAGAGUGGCGAGAGACAAGAUGAACUGAAACCAAAAGAAAAGCGAGGCGUCUGUUUGUUCAACGGAUUUCAACUUUUACAUGGAUGGGUCGAAACAGCCGCCGCUAUGAUUGUGGAAGACAUUCCUCAGAUCAGCGUGAUUGCUUUAUCCAGCUAUUACUGUACGGUCAACAAAGAAAACGCUGUAUUUCUUCUCAUAUGGAUGAUCGUUAAGCAAUUUAAAAACACUUUUAGGACGGCUUUCUGCAAACAGAAUUACAAACCAUGCAUGGAAUUUGGCAAUUGCUGCAAGGACUGCUGCAUCUGGAGCUGUCCACUGCUCUGUUGUUGUAGGGUUUUUAUCUGUCGGCCGUGUGAUGAUGAGUGCUGUGAGAUAAAGCGAGUCAAGAUAUGCACUGACAGUGGAUGUUGCAGUGGUCCCAGAAUUUGUAACGGUUUCAGCCAGGCGUGUGGUCCCAUAGAUGAAGACCCAGAAUGGGCGACAGAAUUGUUAAAGAAACUUGGGCUGCUAUAUAAAAUUGGAUUUGUUGCUGUAAUUGUCUUUCAAAUACUUGGCCUUAUUGAAAUAUUCCAUUAUUCUCCGUCGGAUACUUAACUUUCAAGACAAAAUAUUCAUAAAUUAAGCAGCUUUUACGAGAAUUUCUAUGUGCACUGAAAUUUAAUUGGUGAAGGGUUGUAUGUAUUUUAUUAUGCUGCACUUAUAUUUAAAUGUAUGCUAUUUGAUUUGAUUGUUCAAUGCUGAACUAGGCUUAAUUAAGA